UCGAUCAACGUUAUCAUCAAUAUAUCUGGCUGUGUUGUGCAAAACUCUACAUGUAAAAGACUAUGGUUACAGCAAAGUUCUAGAGCCUCUGAUUAAGGAUCUUGAGCUCCUUGAGAGAGAAGGUGUGUUUGUUCAGCGUCUUGGCUGUAAUGUUAAAGGGACAAUUUUGUAUGUAUCUGCAGACAACUUGGGUGCACACUCACUUGCAGGAUUCCAGGAGUCUUUCAAUGUUGACAAGUUUUGCAGAUUUUGUUUGGCAAAUCGUGUAGAUAUUCAGCAAUAUGAUGUGAGAAGUGGGGUUUUUACAUUGAGAACACCAGAAUUGUUUGAUGAAGCUGUUAAUGUGCUGAAACAAAGUGAUGUAUCUUCUGUUGAUGGUGUUAAAAGAGACUGCCCUUUAAACAGACUGGCUCACUUUCAUGCUGCCAAAGGAUUUCCACCUGAUUUCCUACAUGAUGUAUUAGAAGGUAUUGUACCUGUGGAACUCUGCAUAUGCCUCUCAGAUCUGAUUGCAAAGAAGUAUUUUACAUUAAGUCAACUUAAUGACAGAAUAACAACAUUCCCCUUUAAAUUCUAUGACAAAACCAACAGACCCCAGACAAUACAAACAACCUUUCAAAAAAAUGGCACUAUAGGUGGCAAUGGACAUGAGAACUGGGCACUUCUGAGGUUUCUUUCACUGUUAGUUGGCCACUGCAUACCAGAGGGUGAUAAAACAUGGCAAAUAAUUCUUGAAUUGAAAGACAUUGUUGAAUUGUUAUCCAGCCCCUCAUUCACAACAGAAACCCUGUGUUUUCUACAAGCUAAAAUCUCUGACCACCGACAGUUGCUUUUAGAAGUUUUUCCUUGUACUAAAUUGCGGCCUAAACAUCAUUUCCUAGAACAUUAUCCUGUGCUUAUCAAAAAAUUUGGUCCCCUAAUUGACUUUUGGACGAUAAGAUUUGAGGCUAAGCAUUCUUACUUUAAAAAGGUGGUUCGUGAUGCUGGUAAUUUCAAAAAUAUUCUGCAUACUUUGGGCAUUAGACAUCAGUUAAUGUUGGCAUAUUACUUGGACAUGCCAAGUGUUUUUAAACCAAGCAUCGAAACUGGACCGGUAUCUGUUGUAUCUGUAAACAUCUUAGAUGCUGCUAUCAGCCUGGCUAUAUGGAACAAGUUUAAAGGUCUGGACUCUGUUUCACUCACCACCACUGUCUACUUGAAUGGAACAAAGUAUUCCAAAGGAAUGGUGCUCUCAGUUGGACACACAAGUGGACUACCAGAUUUUGGAAAAGUACUUGAGAUCUGUUUAGUGGAUGGCAGCAUAUUUUUUAUUUUGGAACUUUUCACAGCUGGCUUCUUGGAGCAUCUGAGGUCGUACCAGCUCACCAAAAGAGACCCUGCAGUAACUGUGGUUCAUCCUGAUCAGCUGAACGACUACAUUCCACUGGUCCCAUACCACGUUGACGGAAAGCUGCUCGUCACUCCGAGGACGUUCAUGUUACAGUAAGUCUGCUUUUACUUUGUUUCGUCACUCUGCAUCUCUGUGGCCGCAUACACUAUUGAAGAAGAGCUGGCCAUCACUUUGAGGACGUUCAAGUUAAAAUAAGGUAUUGUAAAAACAAUGUUGGCCUAAUGCUAUCAAUGUAAUACAUUUACUCUAGUCUGCUUUUACUUUCAGUCUCGUUUCGUCACUCUGCAUUCCUGUGGCCGCAUAUGCUACUGAAGAAGAGCUGCUCAUCACUUUGAGGACAUUCAAGUUAAAAUAAGUCUGCUUUUACUUUCAGUCUCGUUUCAUCACACUGCAUCUCUGUGGCCGCAUACGCUAUUGAAGAAGAGCUGCCCAUCACUUUUGAGGACGUUCAAGUUAAAAUAAGCAGUUGGUGCCCCAAGAUGCUUUUCAGAGUUAUUGUGUCAUCUCAAGACAUAAGGCGUGUCACCCUAGACAGUGUUCCUGAGUCAGUCAAGGAGCUAUGUGUGACCUUGCGCACCAUUCUGGGCUUGCAAGGAAACUUUCUUCUACAGUUUGAAGAUCCAGACUUUGGAAAUGAGCUCUGCAAUUUGACUGAUAUUAAAGAUCUACCAUCGGAUCGAGUGACACUGAAAGUUUUGUUCACAGCUUCUGACUCUGUUUCUGACUUAGCAUUACAAACAACAAGCUUAAGUGCCCCUACUGCUGCCUCAUCAGUGGAAUGGCCUGAUCCUUUUUUUAUUCCUGAUUUCUCCCAUGAUGUUGAACUUCAGUUGAGCGCUGCAAAUGAUGCCUAUGCCAGAAAUGGAACAGUAAUGGUCAUCUCCAAGAGUGUAAAGAGUGAAAUAUUAGACAAACUAGCUGAUGUAAUAUCCAAAAUUACUCCCUACCCAAGUAAAGACCAAUAUGAAAGUGUAGCCAAAGCUCUUGUAGCAAAGCAUCCAUGUCUCAGAGAGCCAGUUUCUGCCAAAGAAUGGUAUUACUGGGUGUUUAGUUUGAAAUUCAAGAUGGGCAAUUAUCGUCAGAGAUUGAUGGCAGCUGGAUGCCCUGAAGUUAUUGUAAAUAAGAGAAAGAGGGGACAGACAAUUAUUAAGGCAAUCAAGAAGUCAAAAAAGGGAGAGAUCCACUACUUGCCAAAUCCACCAGAAGGACAGAGUGCAGUUACUUCAGAGGAGAAUCGUACAACUAUGCUUCUAGAGGUGCAGAAGAGCGAUCCAGACUUGCAGCUUCUGGAUAAACUGAUGGCUUUAACAUUCUCUCAGCGAAGAAAGGAAAUUAUCGGUGACGAGCCACUCAUCUCUGUAGUAAUGGACAGAUGGCCUGGGUUAUUUAAUCAGAGACAGAUAAGUGCAGAGUUUAAUCGAAUAGUCACUACCGAUCUGCUGCAGUCAUUCCUGGAUGGACUAGAUGCCUUUGUGCCAAGUCUCUUAGAGCUGUACAAAGCAGCUGUUUCUUCAAGCCGUAGGUUGAGCCUUACUAGUGUUAUGCAGUGCCUUAAUAAGGAGGACACAAAUCAGAACAGAAGAACAGCUGCCUUACUUGGUCUUCCACUCUUCUUUUCAGAGGAUACUUCUGGGAUAAUAAAGAUGUGCGAUGUUCAUGGAGAAACCCUGGAUGCACUCAUGAAAGGAAUGCAUGUUGGCCUUCUGAUCGGACAUGAAGGUGUCCUUCAAGAUGCUUUUCCUCUUGAAAUUUUUAAUGUGGCCGUGGUGGUAGAGGAGACAAUUGUUCUUCAUAACCUGAGGGAUGUACCUACUGCCUUUGCUAUGCUAAUGGGAACAAUUUACUGCCUUAAUCUGGAGUAUCCUGGCAAUAUGAAGUAUUCAUUUGAAUUCCUGCAGAAAGUUGUCAUGAAGAUUAAACCCGACCAAUGUUCCGCUCGGAUACAUGGACUAAGAAACAAACUGCUUAGGUAUCCAUUAUAGACUGAUCUCAAGCCUUUAAAGAACAGUUUACUUAACUGAUUAAGUAAACUAUUC